UCACUAACAAGUUAAUCAUGCCGGACACUGAAGCUGCUGCUGAGACUGCUGCUGCCCCGCCAGCUACUCCAGCUAAGACGAAGAAAGCUGUAAAAGCGAAAGCUAGAACUACUAAAAGUCAUCCUAAAUACAAGGAAAUGAUAGCCGAAGCAAUAACUGCACUCCAUGAACGAACGGGCAGUUCUCGCCAAGCUAUAAUCAAGUAUAUUAAAGCCAACUUCAAUCUCGGAGGUGGCGAUAAAGUUAUUGCUAACAACGUAAAGCAAUCAUUGAAGAUGAGAAUUUCCUCUGGCGAUAUUGUCCAGACAAAGGGUGUUGGAGCAUCGGGAUCUUUCAAGUUGGUUGCUGCAGGUAAAUCUAAGGCGAAAGCUACCAAGUCUAAAACCAAGAAAGCUAAGGUGAAGAAGCCUGCUGCUAAGACAGUAAAAAAGACACCCAAAAAAUCUCCUAAACCUAAGAAAACUGUUAAAGCGAAGAAAGUUGUAAAGGCAAAGAAACCCGCCAAGAAAACUGCUAAGCCUAAAAAGGCCCCUGCCAAGAAGAAGGUUGCUAAAAAACCAGCCAGCAAACCAAAGAAGGCUAAGAAGUAAAUUGUUCGCAUUUUAUUUCAAACGGCCCUUUUAAGGGCCAACAAAAUUUUUGAGUUGGUCGCAUUUCGAUUAUGAAUGAUAUCUGACUUGGUCUAAUGGCCGAUUACCAAGUGUUUUGAUCUUUGUCUCUAUUGUAAUCUUGUAAAUAUUUUCCUUACGUGCUUUUGCUAAUGGCAUACUUACUCAAGUGUGUUCCACUCGAUAUUUUUUUCAACUUUCAGAAUUUUCUAUACAUUUCAAUUGGUUGAUUUUAUAUCAAUUUGGAAAGAAAAAUUAGGCGCGCAAUCUACAUUUCGAGAAUUUCGCGCAAUCUACACCAUCUGAGGUAUUAUAAAAUUUUAUAGGUACCCAUUUUGGGUGCAUAUUUUACGUAUCUUACCCGUGUUUUUGCAUGUCCCUCAGCGCUCUAAAUAAUGAAUAAGUUACUUACUUAUUGUAAGUCAUUUGGCUAGUUUG